GUCUACGCGGCCGCCGGGAUCCGCUCGGACGCGGCCACGUUGUCUUGCGCGCUUGUUGCGCCUGAUCGUGUGAGCCUGAGCGCGGCGCCCCGCUCCCGGCCCCCUGGCGUGGUCGCGCGGCUUGGUGAGGCGGCGGUGUUCCCGCGCUCACUCCGCGGGGUGCGGUGGCGCGGGGAGCGGCCCGGCCACUCCGAGGCUGCCGCGCGCGGUCGCGUCUGGGAUCCGGGCCUGAGAGGCGCCGCCCUCCGUGCGCCCGCUCGCCUCCUCCCCCUGCCGCCCCGGAGCCGCGAACGGGAAAGAGCACGGGAGAGUUGGGCUCCGCGUAGAGCUCGGCUCCGGGGCCCAUGCCCUGCGCGCCCGCAGGCCCGCGCCAUGGCCUCCGGAAGCGUGGCCGAGUGCCUGCAGCAGGAGACCACCUGCCCUGUGUGCCUGCAGUACUUCGCCGAGCCCAUGAUGCUCGACUGCGGCCACAACAUCUGUUGCGCGUGCCUCGCCCGCUGCUGGGGCGCGGCGGAGACUAACGUGUCGUGCCCGCAGUGCCGGGAGACCUUCCCGCAGCGGCACAUGCGGCCCAACCGGCAUCUGGCCAACGUGACCCAGCUGGUGAAGCAGCUGCGCACCGAGCGGCCGUCGGGGCCCGGCGGCGAGAUGGGCGUGUGCGAGAAGCACCGCGAGCCUCUGAAGCUGUACUGCGAGGAGGACCAGAUGCCCAUCUGCGUGGUGUGCGACCGCUCCCGCGAGCACCGCGGCCACAGCGUGCUGCCGCUCGAGGAGGCGGUGGAGGGCUUCAAGGAACAAAUCCAGAACCAGCUGGACCAUCUAAAAAGAGUGAAAGACUUAAAGAAGAGACGUCGGGCACAGGGGGAGCAGGCACGAGCUGAACUCUUGAGCCUGACUCAGAUGGAGAGGGAGAAGAUAGUUUGGGAGUUUGAGCAGCUGUAUCACUCCUUGAAGGAGCAUGAGUAUCGUCUCCUGGCCCGCCUCGAGGAGCUAGACUUGGCCAUCUACAACAGCAUCAACGGUGCCAUCACCCAGUUCUCCUGUAACAUCUCCCACCUCAGCAGCCUGAUCGCCCAGCUGGAAGAGAAGCAGCAGCAGCCUACCAGGGAGCUUCUGCAGGACAUCGGGGACACAUUGAGCAGGGCGGAAAGAAUCAGGAUCCCUGAACCCUGGAUCACGCCUCCAGAUCUGCAAGAGAAAAUCCAUAUUUUUGCCCAAAAGUGUCUGUUCUUAACGGAGAGUCUGAAGCAGUUCACAGAAAAAAUGCAGUCAGAUAUGGAGAAAAUCCAAGAAUUGAGAGAGGCUCAGUUAUACUCAGUGGAUGUGACUCUGGACCCAGACACAGCCUACCCCAGCCUGAUCCUCUCUGAUAAUCUGCGGCAAGUUCGGUACAGUUACCUCCAACAGGACCUGCCUGACAACCCUGAGCGGUUCAAUCUGUUUCCCUGUGUCUUGGGCUCUCCAUGCUUCAUCGCUGGGAGACAUUAUUGGGAGGUAGAGGUGGGAGAUAAAGCCAAGUGGACCAUAGGUGUCUGCGAAGACUCAGUGUGCAGAAAAGGUGGAGUAACCUCAGCCCCCCAGAAUGGAUUCUGGGCAGUGUCAUUGUGGUAUGGGAAAGAAUAUUGGGCUCUUACCUCCCCGAUGACUGCCCUCCCCCUGCGGACCCCUCUCCAGAGGGUGGGGAUUUUCUUGGACUAUGAUGCUGGCGAGGUCUCCUUCUACAACGUGACAGAGAGGUGUCACACCUUUACUUUCUCUCAUGCUACCUUCUGUGGGCCUGUCCGGCCCUACUUCAGUCUGAGUUACUCGGGGGGAAAGAGCGCAGCUCCGCUGAUCAUCUGUCCCAUGAGUGGGAUUGAUGGGUUUUCUGGCCACGUUGGGAAUCAUGGUCAUCCCAUGGAGACCUCUCCUUGAGGAGGUGAACUCAGGCCACAAGAGCUAUUGGCUAUAAUCCUAUGCCAGGCACAAGACAUCUUGUUGUCUUGCCACUUCCUGUCUAUCACCGCUGGAUAUCCUUACCAUGUUCCAUGCCCUUGCAGUGGGAGACAGGACGUCUGUGUUCUCUACCAUUUUUUUCCUUCCCACACACAUUGUGAGAUAUAAUGAGAAGUAUCAGGAUUUCCCUGGAAUAAAAACCAAAUGUCCACCUCCAGUAUUUCACACUUUGUGAUUUUACAUGUUCCUGGAGUGGAUACAGAGUAUGGGUAAUCUUUGGAUUUGGAGAGCCAUACAAGAUACUUACACCUUCUUGGCUCAGCCGGAUUCCUCUGGUUCCGCACCACAUAGUGAUUAUGGGUAAUUGCUGGCAUUUCUGGACUAGGGCUCCUUUCUUCUAACCUAGAAUGGAACUAUACAAGGCCCGGUCAGUGCGGCUCCCUUUAUCCCAGUUUUUCCUUCUGGGAACAGUACCUCUACCCCAAUUCCUCCAUCUGCUGUAAUUUUAUUAACUCCAUUAAAGAGGCCUGUAUGUGUUUUGAUUAGUUACAGUUAUUUUACAAUAAUUGUGGGAAAUGGCCCAACUUCUGUUAUGAGAUAAUGUUCUAAUCAAUGUCUCUUUGCCUUUGUAUUUUUUCUGAGGGCUUUUUCUGCUCCCUUUAUUCUAAUGAAAAGUGUAUCCCAGUGCAGGGUGCACAUCAUCCAGGAUAAUAUUUUACCCAACUCCGUCCACAGUUUCCCAGUCACGUUUAUGGACUGGUGGUCAGUCAUAUGCCAUCCAUGGAAGAAUUCUGGCACAGUAUUCCAAGGAUUCAUUGACUUCUUGCCUCCUUUUCUCCAUCUCCUUUGGAGAACAGGGAAUCGACCUUACUAAUAUGUAUAUCGUCAAGGGGCAGCUCCAUCCCCAUGGCCAUUGAAGCAUAAGGCAUUCUGGAGUCAGAAGGCUAGGACAGAUCACUUUGAGCCAGCCCCCCUGAUGGUUCUUAGUCCUGCUUCUCUGUGGGUACAUGCCCCUCUGUUUAAAAAUAAAGUGAAUAUGGAUGUUUA